UCAACAUGUGCGUGCUAACAUCUGUCUCUGACACAGUCGCUUUGUUUUGUGCCCUGAGUCGGUUUUGAUGGCUGAAUGUUGAAUUUCGUGCUGUGAAUGAGGCUAAAAUGGGAACUGGAGGAAAAGACAAAGACGGAGAAUCUGCACAACUUGUGGGAGGAUCUAAAGACUUGCAGUCGGGCGAAGAAGAUGAUUCUAUUGACAAGUGUAAACCUGAGAAGAAAGGCUGCGGUAAUAAGUGUCUAGCCUGUUUUCGCGGUUGCUUUGGAUUCAUCUUAUUCCCGUUCGUGUUUAUUAUCACCUUCAUAGCUUGUCUUGUCUGGAUUAUUCUGUUACCAGCCAAAUGUUGUUCUCCCUGUUGCGCUCCUUUGUUUGACUGGCUCGUUCAACUUCUGAUGCUGCCCGUCCGGUUUUAUCGCUGGGUUCUUGGAAAAGAUCAAGACGAAAAAAAAUAAUAAAAAAAAAAAAUAUUAAAAGAUCAUGUUCCCUUCAA